AUGACUGAAGAAGAAAAGGAAAAAAUCAAAAUUCUCCAUGUGGCUAAUAUUUCGACUGCCGCUACUAAGGACCACAUAUACAAUAUGUUCAACUAUCUUGGAAAAAUCGCAGAAUUACGAAUCUAUCCAUCAGAAAAUAAUAUUACCCCAAACAUAACUAGCAAAGCUGCUUUUAUAAAAUAUGACGAUGAAAGAUGUGUUGAAGUUGGUCAGCAUCUAACAAAUGUGGUAUUAAUUGAUCAGGCGUUAAUAUGCAUUCCGUAUUUGCAAAACACAAUUCCUGAUGAAGACACGUAUUUCAAUAGCGGUGGUGUUCCCACUGCUGGUCAGAGACAGCUUCCUCCCCAUGUCGUAAAUAAAACUCAAGAAAUUGAAGAUGGAACUUCUUUGUUGCUUACAGUCGAUCCGACGCUCGAACAACUGGGACUGCCGCAAUAUCCACCACUUCCUGGCGAUACCGAUCUAGCCAAAGUCGAAGAAAUCAGAAGGACGGUCUAUGUCGGAAAUCUGCCAAAAGGAAUCGACGGGCAAGCUGUUCUCGAUUUCUUCAACAUGUAUGUUGGAGAGGUAAUGUACGUCAGAAUGGCGACUGGACCACAGACUUUGCCUUGCGCCUACGCGUACGUCGAGUUUUCCAGUCAGACGUCAGUGCCGAUUGCAUUACAAAACAAUGGAAUCGAUUUCCAAGGAAGGCAAAGACUGAUGUUCAAGCAUUGGAAGAAAUUGAGGAAGCUAUUCGUCAAGGGCGAACUGGCGAUGAUCGUGAACGCGAGAGACGUCGCUCACGAUCGCCAGUGCGAAGGAGGCGUUCACCAUCACCUAGAAGGCGUUCGCGAUCACCCAGAAGAGAUCGACGCGAUCGACGUUCGAAGAGUCGUGAUCGCAAGCGAAGCCGCAGUCGUGAUCGUAGAAGAAGAAGCCGUAGCAGAGACAGAGAUCGCAAGCGAUCGAGAAGUCGGUAAGUUGACAGGCGACGUCGAUCGAAAUCGCGAGACAGAAAACGGGAUAGAUCGAGAGACCGAUCGCGUUCGAGAGAUCGCAAGAGGGACCGUAAAAGGAGCAGGAGCACGGAGAGGAAGCGUGAUGAGAAAAAGUUUUCAGCCGCCUUCUGAAACUAGUGAUGAGGAUUUGCUGAGAGAGAAAUUGCUUGAAAAGCAAUUAGCCCGCAAAGACACGACCUCCGACAGCGAAUGGGAAGAGAAAGGUGUCGAGACGAAGAAUGAGCGCAAACGCCGAGUUUCGGAUUCAGAAUAA